AUGGCGCGUUCGACCUUCGCAGUUGCGGUGUUGAUGCUGAUGCUUCCAGCAUCGGCACGCCGAAAUAAGGAUGAGCUCUUCACCAUGCAGGCCGAGGCCGAGAAUUCAGCAGCUCGCGGGUUGCAGGCGGACCUGGAAUCCUGGCUCACGAGCGCGAGCGUGGGGCUGAGACAAGGGGAUGCUGAAUGGUGGGCAAAGAAGGAGUGGUGGUACAUGGAGACUUGUGGUGCAACGCUCUCGUAUCUCCAGCAUCUGCACUCGGUGCUCACAGGAAGCAUGUCCUGGUCCAACGGUGAAGCAGUUCAGAUGACGUUUGAGUACGCAAGGAAACAGCUCGACGCAAAUCAGCUGCUCGCAAUGUACAACGUUCUCGCACACAAGCUCGGUCUCGGCAUUGAUGCCGCCAGCGUCAGAGCUGCCGCGCUCCUCAAGAAGGAUGCGUCUCCCACGGAGCUCAGCGAUCUCUACGAGAUGAUCAAAAACACAAUGCCCUGGUUGAGUUGGCUGGUGAAGAGCCCGGAGGAGGCCCAGGCGCUGGCAAUGGAGUCGGCUGCCGCGGGCUGUGAACCUGACAAGUUCAAGAGUGCGUACCAGGCCCAUCAUGACAAGAAGACGGCUGCCGAUGAGGCAAUCCGGGCCUCCUUCAACAUGCAAGCUUAUCGCUAUGCGGACGAUGGUAAGUACUACACGGCCUCCCAGUUCAAGGGGCACUACGGGGACGAUUGGGUCGCCAAGUGGACGGCAAGCCCAGUGGCACAGAAG